GUCGGGAUUGUUUCGAGCUUGUCGGCGAUGCUUUGCCCUAGCUCGUGGGUGGCGGGAUCGAGAACAAGUCCCAAGGAGAUCCACGGGAAGAAUCAUUGAAGCCGAUGGAUGCAGAGAAACUGAGAGAGAACGCCCACAAGAUGGUGGAUUUCAUCGCUGAUUACUACAAGAGCUUAGAAUCUUAUCCUGUUCUCAGCCAAGUUAAGCCUGGUUAUUUAAGGGAACUGCUUCCUCAUUCAGCUCCUGAUCUUCCUGAAAGUCUCCAAGAUGUUCUUGAUGAUAUCCGUCAGAAGAUAAUACCAGGUAUAACGCAUUGUCAAAGUCCCAAUUAUUUUGCAUAUUAUCCCUCCAACAGUAGCACAGCUAGAUUCCUUGGCGAAAUGCUGAGUGCUGCCUUUAACAUUGUGGGUUUCAGUUGGGUGAGUUGUCCUGCUACAACAGAGUUAGAAGUGAUUGUUCUGGAUUGGCUUGCUAAAAUGCUGAAGCUACCAGAUCAAUUCCUUUCAUCUGUUGAUGCAGCAUGUGUUUUGCCGCAUUGCAGAAAGUAUCACAACUGGACCAUUCGGCCAAAUGGCUACUUUUGCUACUUAUUUUGGACUUGGACAGCAAAGGCACAGUUCAUGCUUACGCUCAGAAUGAUGAGGAAGAAGGUGAAGAAGGAGAAGAAGAGGCCUGAGUAAAUGUAUAAGGAAUGAGUUGAAGAAGCUUCUGCAGUGUCAUAGCCAUUGUAAAUAAUUUAUGUAAAAGUUUAUAAACAAUUUAUGUAUCUCUCUACUAUUUUGGUA